GGCUCAGCCUUUACCCACGCUUCACCCCUUGUCGAUACCGUUCUCGCAUCGGUACCCCCUUCAUAUUACCGUACUACUACGAGGCUCGCGGCUCGGCGGGAAAUGCGCAGUGCGGCGCUUCUCGUGCUGAUCUCGGCGACAGUGGUCUUCUGCCGCCAGAGCGCUUCAGGGGGCGUUCGUGGCAGCAGCGUCAUGGAGGAGCUGCUGGAAUCGUCGGAGGAUGCCGCGGAAGACGACGACGAGGUCUACAUGCUCCAGCUGUCGGUCCGCCCCGCCAAGCGCAGCGGCUCUGGGCUGCGGGCGGCGCGCGGGGAAGCGGCGGCCGACCCCGCAGCUGCGCUGUGCGGUGGCGAGGUCCCCUCCACGCCGGCCACUUCGCGUACCGGUCGCCCCGGAUCGCCGCCCUCUGGGAGCAGCACCUCUGCCCCGCCGCCGGCGCAAAGCAAGUCCAGGCGCGCUGUCUGGAGGAGAUGGAGGACGACGUCUUCUCGCUGUAGGACCCGGCCGGGGACGCCCACGCCGAUAUCUUCGGGCAGGAUCGCGGGCCAGGCCGCCGUGCUGCCGCCCGCCUGCCGGGAGGCACGGGCUGACCAUGGAGGCGCUUCUCCCUGCCCGCCGACGGGUGCGCGUGACGGGUGAUGAAGCCGCCGCCAGAGGCCAUCUAGGAUCGCAGGCGGCACGAGCCAGCCUUGCUGAUGCAGCAGCGGCAGAUGUGGCCCGGCUGCGCCUCGGCGGGUCUCGCUUCCGGAACGGUCGCGAGCCGAUCUGGUCUGGCGCCCCCUUCGGCCGAGGGCAGGUCUGCAAGCGUGCGGUUCUGUAUAGACGAGGGCCGCCUUGUAGCCACCCUGGCACAAGGCUUGCAUCGAAGCGGCAGGCGCUUGUGACCUCCCCCCCCCCCGGGCCUGCGGAAUGUCUCAAGUGCGCUUGGCUCCAGGGCCGAGGCCGGGGUGCAGAUACGAUGGAGGACAAGAAGAGCCAGGUGAAGGCCUUCAUCAAUGAGAAGGGCCAGAUCGCAGACUCCUCGGCCUUCGCGCGUGAGAUGGGCUGGGACCACCUCGUGUUCGUUGGCGUUCUCAAGUCCUUGGAGGCAGAGGGGCAGGUCACGAGCACCCCCAUGAAGCAGGAGGGCUGGAAGCUCACGGAGGAGGGCGAGGAGUACAGCAAGAAGGGGAGCCCCGAGGCCCAGGUCUUCGAUCUCAUCAAGUCGAAGGGGUCCCUGGCCCCGGGGGACCUCGCCACCGAGCUCGGCGAGGUCGGGAAGGUCGGCCAGGGCGCGGCAAUCAAGAACAAGUGGGUGGAGAUGGACAAGGCCACGAAGACGCUCAAGCCAGCCACAGAUAGCAUAGAGGACACGAUCAAGCAGGAUUUACUUUCGCUGGGGGGAUUGGCCAAGGACAAGCUGGAUGCCCUUAAGAAGCGGAAGAUGAUUGCUCCCACCAGCCUCACGGCCUACAAGGUUGAGAAGUCGGCAGAGUUCUCCAUGGAUGCCGCCAAGGCAGUUGCAGAGAUCACAGCCGAGAUGAUCCAGAAGGGUACUUGGGCUAGCGCCAAGUUCAAGAGCUUUAAUUUCAACAACGCUAGCGGCUUGCAUGCCGGCGGCGGCCAUUUGCACCCACUCCAGAAGGUGAAGACGGAGAUUCGAAAUGUCUUGAUGCUCAUGGGUUUCGAAGAGAUGUGCACCAACCAGUGGGUGGAGAGCUCGUUCUGGAACUUCGACUCCCUCUUCCAGCCACAGCAGCAUCCUGCUCGCGACGCGCAUGACACUUUCUUUAUGCAGAACCCGAGCCGGGCACAGGACCUGCCCAUGGAUUACCUCAACUCCGUGAAGAAGAUGCACGAGGAGGGUGGCAGCGGCUCCAUCGGCUGGCGUUAUGCGUGGAGCGAAGACGAGGCCAGAAAGACGAUCCUCCGCACCCACACGACAGCCGUCUCCGCGAGAACCCUGUACAAAUUGGGCCAGGACUAUAAGAAGACAGGGGUAUUCACUCCCAAGAAGUACUUCUCGAUCGAUCGCGUCUUCAGAAACGAGACACUCGACAAGACACACCUGGCGGAGUUUCACCAGGUGGAGGGGUUCAUUGCAGAUAGGAACAUCGGCCUUGGACAUCUGAUUGGCGUGCUGAAGGACUUCUUCGCCAGGGUUGGGUUCGCCAAGCUCCGCUUCAAGCCAGCCUACAAUCCUUAUACCGAGCCUUCGAUGGAGAUCUUCGGCUUUCAUCCAACUUUGGAGAAGUGGAUUGAGGUUGGGAACAGUGGUGUCUUCCGCCCAGAGAUGAUUGCACCGAUGGGCAUUCCAGAAGAUGUGUCUGUCAUCGCAUGGGGCAUUGGCGUGGAGAGAUGGGCUGCACUGCUCUACAAUGUGGAGAGCAUCAAAGAGCUCUUCAGCUUCCAGCAGGAUCUUGAUGCGUCUAAGAGGAAUCCACUCUGCUGGCUGAAGCGGGUUGAGGUCGAGGAGUGAAUGAAUGAUGGCAUGCCUUCGCGUCCGGUCCAAGUUUCGAUGCUUUUUUGUGCCUGACAUGACAUCCCCUUCUUGAGCCCCCUGCACUGUGCUGCAGCUUGGGCGACCUAGGUUUUGGCGCGAUGUUCCACGAAAGCGUCAUGCUGCCACUCGUCCACUCAGAGGCUGUUUCUUAAGUCCGAUGCCGAAUGACCCCUUGCGUAAUUCCCUAUGAUUUAAUUCAGCAAGUGAUUUGGAAACCGCGCGCCUUACAACUUGCCGGUUAACUUGGUGGACGUUCGUUUGUUAGA